AGCGAAGCCGCCGGCACCCUCGGGACCUGCUGCUGCUCGGGACCUGCUGCUGCUCGGCACCCUGCUCCUCGGUUCUGUUCCAGUCACUGGUCCAUGGUCCCCCGCACACGGCCAGGCGGGCUCGAGUCACCGCACGAAGACAGUGAUGCCACAGCCCAGACUGUUGCUGGUGGUCACAGGAGAUGACUUUGGCUACUGCCCCCGGAGGAACCAGGGGAUCGUGGACUGCUUCCAGGCCGGGGGCAUCUCUAGUGUGUCCCUGUUGGUGAACGGCUGUGCUGCCAAAGAGGCAGCAGAUCUGGCUGAAAGGCAUAAAAUCCCCAUCGGCCUCCAUGCCAACCUGACGGAGGGCGCGCCGGUGUGCCAGAGCCUGCAGAAGAACUCCACCCUCGUCAACCAAAGAGGCUUCUUUCACGGGAAGAUGGGCUUCCGGGAGGUCCUGGAGAAAGGCCAGCUGUGCAUGAAACAGGUGGAGCUGGAGUUAAGAGCCCAGGUGAGGAGGUUCGUGGAGCUGACAGGUCACCUCCCUCUCCACAUGGAUGGACACCAACACGUUCAUGUCCUGCCAGAGGUGCGGGAGGUGUUUGCUCAGGUCCUCUCAGAUCUCAGGAUCCGGUACACUCGUGUUCCCGUGGAGCCGGGGCUGCUGAAGUGCUCGUGGCUGCCGGCUCCCCUGCUGGCGUUCUACACGCAGGUGCAGGAGGACGCUCUGGCCUCCGUGCCCGUCUUCCAACACCACGGGAUCAGGUGGCCGGACGUGUACCUGGGACUCACCACCAUGGGUCAGAACAUGUCUGCGUGCAACCUGCGGACGGCCCUGAAACACGCCCUGGCUGCACAGCCCUCAGGUCCGUCUUCCAGAGGAGCAGCGGGCUUUGAUCGGCCCGCGGUCACAGCCGAGCUCAUGACUCACCCGGGUUACCCGAGCCACCCCCUGGACGGGGGCUGUGGGGAGGGCCCCGACGACUUCUCCCAGUCAGCAGACCGGCAGCACGAGCUGAACGUGCUCAAAGACCCGUCUGUGCUGGCUCUUUACAGCCAGGAGCACGUGAGGCUGUGCAGCUUUAAAGACUUUUGACACCCGAUGUCUCAAAGUGACAACCACGCUCAUUGGUCAGAACUUAGUUUACACACAUCAUGGACACAAAGAUCGUGACACUCGCAACGCCGGAUUCACAGAGCAGAAUUGCAGCAACCCAAGACGGGCGAUGCGUCUGAAGCACGGAGAGAGGCCGGCCUCCAUGUGGCUCAGAUCCAGCUGUGUAGCCACAACCUGAUUGGCUGAUCCAUGCAUUCAAGUGGGAACUGUUGAAAGUCUCCCAACUCUUGACCAGGCAAGGCAAUCAAUGCCAUGCACAUAACCUAUGAUUUAUUUUGGCAAGCAAUGUCGUCACCCCACCCAAAGUCUAUGGAGAUGGUGCAAAAGACGCACGCAAAGCUGCUGUGUGAAUCCGCCGGUGCAUCAAGUUACAAAGAAUUAUUUAAACUUAUCACAGCACUUUAUGAUCCAGUUAGUGCUGAUUGGUUCUAGCCAACUAGCCCCUCCGUGCCAAAUAUGUUGCUUUGUUCACUUCAGUUUCAGCAAUAUGGGGCCGAUUCAGAACCACAGUCAUUUAAAUGUAAUGAAUUUGUAAUUAUAUUUGUAUAUAAUGCUGAUUCAAAAUAGCAACUUACUUAAUUAAUAGAUUGCACUGAAUCUUCACAUGGAUUCAGUCGCUCAGCUUUCUCUUUCAAGAGGCACCAGUUUAUAGGUAAAACUUUGUUUUAAGAGGAAGAAACCUCCUUUUUAGCGAGAAGAAACCUCCUUUUUAGCGAGAAGAAACCUCCUUUUUAGCGAGAAGAAACCUCCUUUUUAGCGGGAAGAACCCCCUUUUUAGCUUGAAGAAACCUCAUUUUAGCAUGAAGAAACCUCCUUUUAGCGGGAAGAGACCUCUUUUUAGCUGGGAGAAACCUCAUUUUAGCAGGAAGAAAUCUCCUUUUAGCAGGAAGAAAUCUCCUUUUAGCAGGAAGAAAUCUCCUUUUAGCAGGAAGAAAUCUCUUUUUAGCAGGAAGAAACCUCUUUUUAGCAGGAAGAAACCUCUUUUUAGCAGGAAGAAACCUCCUUUUAGCAGGAAGAAACCUCCUUUUAGCAGGAAGAAACCUCCAUCAGAACCAGACCACGUAGGCAGAACUUCUACCUCAAACAGUUGAGGAAGAGAAUGUGAAGAACAAGAAGAGACUCAAGCACAUGGAUCAGAAGAGGAAUAUAAACAACUGUACCUGCACAUUCAUUAUGAAGGGGAUUACGUGUUUUUUUUAAAUAAUUACUGUAUACCACUACCAUAUGUCAUAUCAGUCUUGUGUCUUACCUGUAGAUGUCCUAAAACCUGAAUAUAUUGUCAUAUUUGGGAAAUGGCUCUUCAGAAUCUAAAAGAACCCGUCAACGUGGCUGAACGGCAUCGUAUAAUACAUGGACUGAUGAUGUAUUGGGUUUUGAAAACCCUGCUGGAUCCUGGAUACAGUCUACGUCAAUCAAAGGUUUUGACAAUGACACAAAUGUUGUGUUUUUGCUGCGGUGAUUUUAUAGCUCUUUGUUUUAAAUUUUAUCUACAUUUUUUGUUGAUUCUGUUUCUUGCGUCGUUUAUAGAUCAAAUUAACUGAUGUUCUUUACAUACAACACAAAGCACUUCAGUGGCAUAAAAAUCUAGUUUUUAUAGGUCUCUAUAGGACCUUUUAUAGGAUAGCUGAAGUUUAAAGAUGUAAACCAUACAGGGUUACUGGAGAAUACUGGAGAAUGUCAAGACUAACUUUUAGCCCAACGACUGUUCAACUUACCAAACACAGGUGAAAGGUUGAGCUGUGUUUUUGUCCUGGCCAAACAUCGCUCGGGCCGAAGGAGUUGGGAAAAUAAUCUAAUCGCAAUAUUUAAUUUUGCACAAUAUUGUGAUUUAAUUUGCACUUUUUUUCCUUUUUCAAUAAAACCUAUUGGAUGAUUUUAA